AUGCAGCAUGGAACCAGCGCCUCCCAAGUUGUGGUCGUGGCCCACUGGGGAGCCGUGGGCCAGCUCCCCAGGAAGCUGGGAAUCCGUCCACCAGGAAGCAGCAAAUUAGCCCUCCGGGAAACUGGGAAUCCACCUGCAGGGAAGCAGCAAAAUGGCCUGCCGGGAAACCGGGAAUCUGCCUGCCAGGAAGCAGCAGACCAGCCAGCUGGGAGGCAGCGAAGCUCCGCUGGCGAUGCCGCGGGGCACCCCGAGCCCCCACGACCGCGGGGGGACAGCGCCGGGGCACCCAGGUUGCGCGCUGACUCCGCGGAGCCGAGCGGCAGCGGCUGCGGAAGCAACUCGGGCUGCACGGACACGAGCGCUCCGGAGCCCGCGAGGAGCCGGGGGGCUCCCGGCUGCAGGAAGAGCCAAGCAGCGUGGCAGCCCGCGGGACUGGCACUCACCGGGCCCCUUAACCCCCAGAGUUUGCAGCAGCAGUUGGAGGAGGAGGAGGAAGCUGGGGACCGAACAGAGGGAGAGGAUGAACAGCAUGAGGCGCCCCCAAGCGAGGAGCCAGAGCCCAGGAUCCGCGCCGGGCUCCCCGACGGGCUGGUGCUGGACGUGCUGGGCCAGCGGCAUCCACCGCCAGCCAAGAGACACGUCUUCUGUUCGGUGUACUGCGUGGAGAACGACCUGCCGGAGGCCCCCACUACCGAGCAGCUCUCGCCAUCCGCGUCGCCACCUCGGGCUCCAGCGCCGGUGCCUAGUCCUUCCAGCCCCCUCUCCUCCUUCCCUAGCCCCCGGCUGUCCAUUCCAACCGAUCCCCUCUCCCCCGACGGCGGCAGCAUCGAGCUGGAGUUCUACCUGGCAUCCGAACCAUUCUCCGUGCCCAGCCUAUUGGGAGCUCCACCCUACUCUGGCCUGGGCGGGGUAGGGGAUUCCUUUGCGCCCAUCAUGGUGCUGAUGUGCCGGGUGUGCCUGGAAGACAAGCCCAUCAAGCCCUUGCCCUGCUGCAAGAAGGCCGUGUGCGAGGAGUGCCUCAGAGUCUACCUGAGCUCCCAGGUACAACUUGGCCAAGUAGAAAUCAAAUGCCCUAUCACAGAGUGUUUUGAAUUCCUGGAAGAAACAACCGUUAUCUAUAACUUAACGCAUGAAGACUCCAUCAAAUAUAAGUACUUCUUGGAACUUGGCCGUAUUGAUUCCAGCACCAAGCCAUGUCCUCAGUGCAAGCACUUUACAACCUUCAAGAAAAAAGGACAUAUUCCCACCCCUUCCAGAUCAGAAAGCAAAUACAAAAUCCAGUGCCCCACGUGCCAGUUUGUCUGGUGUUUUAAGUGCCACUCUCCUUGGCAUGAAGGUGUCAACUGCAAGGAGUACAAAAAAGGAGAUAAGUUAUUGCGCCACUGGGCCAGCGAAAUUGAGCAUGGGCAGAGGAAUGCCCAGAAGUGUCCAAAGUGCAAGAUCCACAUCCAGAGAACUGAAGGAUGUGACCAUAUGACUUGUUCACAGUGCAACACUAAUUUUUGUUAUCGAUGUGGGGAGAGAUACCGCCAGCUUCGUUUCUUUGGAGACCACACAUCAAACCUCAGUAUAUUUGGAUGCAAAUACCGCUACCUCCCAGAGAGACCUCAUUUAAGGAGAUUAGUUCGAGGGUCAGUCUGUGCUGGAAAAUUAUUCGUUGCACCUCUAAUCCUGGUUUUGGGAUUAGCACUAGGGGCCAUAGCAGUUGUGAUCGGUUUAUUUGUAUUUCCUAUCUAUUGCCUUUGUAAAAAACAGAGAAAACGAUCACGGACAGGUAUGCACUGGUAAAACUCAGAUGAUUUCGUCUGAACUAUGCUGGUCUGGGUAGGAGCUAUGCAGAAUGGUAAACCCAUACGUGAGUCACAUCUUGAAAAUCACUGAGAGGAACCUUCUGCCAUCUUGUCUCCCCAUGGUUCUCUGCAGGCCACAAUGCCUCUAGCUAUGGUGCACUCCCAACAUGGUAUCCUGUCCCUUUCCCUAUACAGAUUGCUGCUUUUAAAGAAAUGGUCACUUUCAUAGACUAUAAGCAUCUGUAUCAUAACUUUGACCUUCUUCAUCGUACUUUGAAGAAAAUAUUUUAAUUAAGAACCAGUUUUCCUCAGAAUUGUUCUGAGCACAUCUCUCCUGAGCAUUGCUUGGACUGUCUUUGAGCCCUGAACCUCCCUCCAUGCCAUCUUAUGACACCUGGUGUGAAUAGCUGAAGUCUCAUCUGUACCAGUAAGCAAGGCCACUUUUCCGAAGAUGAAGGUUCGCCAUAUGCUGUUUUCAUCUGUGGCCCAAGCAGUAGAAUUCAUUCAUCCUUCAGAUGCUAUAAUUGCUAAAGAUCUCAAUGCCCGAAAGGGAACUAAUGAGACUAAAUUAAUGAGAAGAAUCAUGAGUUGCUGAAUAUAUGCUGUAUAUAUGUAUAGGGGUGUGAAUGUGUGUAUAUAUAAAUAUCUAUGUUAAAACUAGGCCAAUAACUUUGUACUUGGCUAGUUCCAUGCCUCUACACUAUUUUUCACAUUUUAAUAGAGCUAUUUAAAGAUGAUGGUUCCUUUGUGGGCAUAGUUUGGUAAUGUACUGAAUUAAAGUCAAUGUACACAACAGGCUAUUUUGAUGUUGGCCCUUUCUAUUUCUUGUUCUCUCUUUUUGCCACACACACACACACACACACACACACACACGAAUUUGUGCAGUGUCACCCAACGAUUAUCAAACUUUGUAUACUGGCAAAACUGAUAGGCUGCUUUUAGGAAAUUCUAAAGACCUGAGCAUUUGAGCUUUUCAGAUUUCUUAUGUAUUGGCAUGCAUGCUUCACUUUAUGAAUAAAUCCUUCUGGUAGAAUUAGUUAAUCCAAAGAGCAAGUUUGGUAUAAGGAGAACUGCUUAAGUCUUCAAACAAAUCCCUACUCUGCUAAAAUUUUUGUCAAGUUGUAAUUACAGAUAAUUCUGCUUUAGGUCAACAUUUUACAUUAUUUAAUACCUACCCUCUUCUCUCUCCUUCUGUCUCUUUCUCUCCCUUUUUUAUUUGUCCUGGAGUUUUUUCAUAAAAGUAAAUACUACUUUUGAAGGACUUUUCUAUGUUUACUGCUCAAAUGCAGUAUGUUCUAUGGGGAGGUAACUUGAAAACAAAAGUUUUUGUGUUCAUGGGUAUAUCUAAUAUAUAAACUGCUUUUGGAGAAGGAAACAAAAAAAUGAAGGAAAUAUUUUUGAGAAGUUUUUCAAAGCUGAGAAGUCUUUUAAAAAAAAAAGAAAAGGUCAAGUAUUUAAACUGAUAUUCCUUUGUUUUCGUCAUGAAAUUUCGUCAGCAGAAAAGAAGAAAAUACCCUUAAAAAGCUUGAAGUUUCCAGUUGUCUCCAAAUCCUUAAAAUUAGCUAUCUGCCAUAGAUGUAGCAUUUAUUUGUCAGCACCCUGGUCCGACUUGAAAUAGGUUAUGUGAUAAAACAUGCAUUAACAUGGAUAGUUUGUCUUUGUUGGGCUCUGGAGUAUAAGAACAUUUGUCAUUUUUGUUUGACCUAAAAAGUCUGUAAUAAUGAAGUUUGCUUGCAUAGAUAACAAGCCAACAAGCUUCCAUUUUUCUGAAUAAUAAUUGGAAUAGUUAUACUACAGCUUCUGGACUAGUUGCCUAUUUCCAGUUAAAGAAGGGUGUGCCAUUUAUAGUUCUGGAAUAGUACAUUUUAAAAAUACAGCAUAAUAUAAGAAAAUGUGAUGCUCUGGUUUUACAAAUUCAUCUUUGCAUUCCUUCAUUCAUCUAUCCAUCCAUCUGUCCAUCUAACAAAUAUUUAUUGAGUGACUCUUCUAGGUACUCUAGUAUAAAGACUGAAUGAGACUUGUAUUUCUAUCGUAAAGUACUUAAUUUUUAUAAAUAUGUCUUUCCUGGACUUAGGCCUUAGUUUGGUGAUAUGUGAAUAUAAUCAAUUCUAGAUUGAGUGAAUACGUAUAUGUAUGUUAUACAUAUGUAUGUAUAGAAAAUAUUUCCAUAACUGCAUAUGAAUAUAUGUGCCACAUACAUAUAUACCAACUGGUUGAAUAAUGUGCUCUCUGGUCUAGAUAAUCUAUUUUCUUAGGUUAUUGUAUCUGUUGUCUUUGGCCUACUCAGGGAUUUUUAUUCCUUUCUUUAAAUAAUUUAUCUUUUGGAGGUAUUUUUAUAUUAUUUAGAAAACUUCCCAAUAUUUUUAUUACAAAGUGGUAUCUGUUAUCAAACAGUGAAGGCUUUCCUUUCAAUGCUUGAGAUAGUGUGCAUUGUGAUGCACAGGUCUUUCAUUUUUCUAUUGCAUAGAUUUUUUUUAAUUAAUGUAUUUUUCUUUUUACAAGUAGACAUAUAUUUGGUCUUUCCCUGCUGAUGGGUUAAAAUAAUUAUUUGCUAGGUUUUUUUUACUAAACUUCAUCAAAAUCUUAAAAAGAAGAAAAUAAAACAGAUUAUUUAUAUGUUAGUGCCAACAUUGAAGGUAAACUAUAAUAGUAACGUUUGGAGUAAAUUCUGAAAACUGCUUUAGGAAAAGAUGCAUGCACAGAAAAUAAUGUCUUUCUAUCCAAAGCUUGUUACUUUGUAUAUGUUUUUAUUCUAUCUAAAUUUAGUACAUACACCUUUAAAAACAUCAAACCAUAGAAUUAUAAAAUACAUAUUCUUCUGCCUAUCCCACCCCUUAUUUGCUAGGGGUAACCACUGUUCAUGGUUUGGUGUAUGUCCUUCCAGACAUUCUGUACAAAUAUACACAUAUUGUAUGUAUGUGUAUAUGUCUGAGUGUGUAUUAGUUUUAUACAGAUAGAAUAAUAAUAUUCUUACUGUCCUGUGACUUAUUGUUCAUUUUAUCGUAUAUCAGUGGACACCUUUCCAUAAGAGUGUAAAUAGAAUUACCUCAUUCUUUUGUAAAUUACUGCAUAUUGCCUUGUUAGGUUGCACCUUUAUUUAAUUAGUCCCUUAUUGAAUGAACGGUGAGUUUUUUUCACUUCUCUGUUACAAACAAAGCUUCAGUGAAGAUCCUUUUACAGAUAUUUUUGUGCUCUUGAGUGAACAUUUCCACAGAUUUUUAAAUUUGGUUUUUAUAAGAUUUUAUAACAAAAUUUUUAAUGCAUUUUCAGUGAGUGAGUUCACAGAAAUAAUGUAAUUGAGAUCCUUCUCUUGGAGGAAAAAAAAGAUUAUAUAGAAAUGCGUAAUUUUUAAAGAAAAGUCUCUUUCGCAGGAUAAUUUUCCCCGUUUGACUAGCCAAAAAAACUCCUUGCCAAAAUUAUAAAAUAAAGUUAAUGUUUCCAAUAAAAAUAAAAUGUUAUGAGAUGUCUAUAAUGAUGUGAGAAAUAUACAUUGAUUUUUAGAUUGCUUAGUUUUAAAACUUGGGGAAUUUAAAUGAAAUAGUCAAGCCAAAAGAUGAUGUUUGUCACAUUUUUAAGACACUAUCCAUGUUCAUGCAUGUUGCUCCACCAAGGAACUUAACUAUGCCAGUGAGCAGCGUAGGAAGCAGUAUGUUGGCAAUUACGAAUACUCAUAAUUAUCCAUAGAAAAUUAAAUUGAACUGUAGGUAAGGCUUGGUGUUUUGUUGGAGUAUUUAAAAAUGCAGAAUAAUGGGAAACAUUUAUUUUACAGUGAAAAUUUCCUAGGAAUUUGUCUAUGAAGUACUAAGAAGAGGAGAGGGAACACACCUUUCACAAGCAAAAUCUUCUUGUCACCACAGGUUGAUUUCCUGAUAGAUGCUAUUGUAUCCUACUAGAAUAGACAGGUAAACAGUCAAAGAUAAUUAAAUACCAGUCAGGUUACAACAUGCUAGCUUUCAUUGUACUUUCUCUGCUUUGGUAUCAGGAUUCAGUGGUACCUGUUAGGAAAUUCUCAGUCCUGUGCCACCCACCAUCUCUCAAGUCCCAAGAUCCCAGGUGAGCCUUUAUCUUCCAAUCCCACUAUCCAAAUAUAUAUCCCCUAUUCCAGUGGGCCAGAGCCCUGGUGGCACAGUGGUUAAGAGCUAUGGCUGCUAACCAGAAAGAUCAGCAGUUCGAAUCCACCAACCACUCCUUGGAAACCCUGUGGGCAGUUCUACUCUGCCCUGUAGCAUCACUGCGAGUCAGAAUCGACUCGACAGCUGUGAGUUUUUUUUUUUAUUCUGGCUCAACAGCAAUGAGUUGUUUUUUGUUUUGUUUUAAUUCCAGUAGGCCAAAAAUACCUACAAAGCACUGUAAUCUUUUUCAGCUCCUGAUGACCUUUCCCAACCUCAUUUUUCUCCACCCCUCUGCUACUCUAGCUCCUCCUCACUAAAACAGAGGAAGAGAGACAGGAAGGGGUGAAAAACUCACUCUGGCAUAUGCAAAGCAUCAGCAUUCCUUCCUGACCAUUGUCAAAUUAGAGUACAUCUGCCAAGUCAUCAAUCUGGCUUCUCCCUUGUGAAACAAACACAGUUGUUUCUACUUUAAACUUUUCAUCCUGCCUGUUAAAUUUAUAAAUAUAAAAAGUUAGUGGCCUAAAUCACAUUAAUUGAUAUACUGUAUUUAGUUCAAAAAUAAGAAAAUUCAUACCAAAAGCUAAUUUUAGAUUUUAGUUUUACAAUAAAACUUGUGAAGUCAGGAACCUGUGUAAGGCAGAAACCUGUCAGAAAAGGAAAACUCAAUUAUUGUCCAUUAAUAGAGAGCAAUAGAAAAGUGGUAAAACUGUGCCCUGUCAAAGGCAGAAAACUUGCGAGACCCAGAAAAACAAGGCAGUCUUGUCAAGUUCCGGCUCUCACAGGUUUCACUGUAUAAGCAAGCUGCACGUAUGCCUUAAUGUGCGUCUUCACAUUCGAUUGUGUGCUUAUCUUUUCAUAUUUGUGGUUAAAAUAUAUCCCAACUAUUUCAGGUAAAUUUUCCCGUGGUCAACUUCAUUUUUUUGUAUUAAUGUCUAUUAUAGAUACAGCCUUAAAAUUCAAUAACGCACUUUAAAAUAUUUGUGCCAUUUAAAUAAUCUGUUGACAAAGUUAAGACAACUGAAAUAUGUAUAUUUCAAUGGAGAAAAUAGAAUAACGAUGUUAUCAAAUAUGUGUCACUUCUUUAAAUUUGGGGGGAAUCGGAAACUAAAAAUUUAAAUGAACAAAACAUUCCUAAAAAUAUAUCGCAGAGUUUCUGAAAUUUUAGUAAUCCUGGAGAUUGGUAUCAGGGGCUCAAACAUAGCAAAUACUGUUUCAUAAAUGUUACCUAAUAACCUAGUUGGGAUAUUUGUUUCAAAUCUUAAGUUAGUUUCUACUGAAAGUUUUAACUGCAUUUUCACAUUUCACAAAACCUACAGAAGUAUUCCUAACUAGAAAGAUGGUAAAUCAAAACUGCUACCAAGCCAGUAUGAACAUAUUUUGUUUGCUCAAGUCAUUGUAAUUUAAUUAUGAUAUUUCUCUCCUACUAUAGAAAAUAAUUUCCAAAAAUCACAUUUUUAGUAUAAAUAUCCACAGUUAUUACUUUGAUAAAUCUGAAAUAAUUUGAUAGAAGCAGUAAAGUAUGGUCUGAACAAAAUCACAGAGUUCCAAAAUCUGGGGAGUAUUCAAGAUUGUGAAGUGUUUCCUUUUGCAUGAAAAUCAGUAAUACAGACCUUUAAGAGAGAAAUGAAGUGGAACCCCUUUGUGACUACCAUUUUGAGGCUAGAACUAAUGGUCAUUUCAUAGCCAACUACCAUGUGUGGAGCUUCUGUUGUACAUCACUGUCAUGAUGCUGGGAAUUUACUUGAUUUCAUCCAAAUCUAUGUAACAGAGAGUCACAAUAAAGUGAGACUUUUGUAAUUGUCUGUUUGAAAGGUUAGCUAAAGCCUUAAUAUAUCAUAUACCUUAUAGAUCCCCAUACAUGUUGCCAAUUUUAGAAACGUAAUUUUUGUUACAAACUGUAUUCUUUUUUUAGCUAAAGAAGUGACUGUUUUGAGAAUAGCAACAUGGAUUUAAAAGGCAAUAAAUUAUUUUUUAAAAUACGCAAAACAUUGCUGCUGCCUUUUUUGGCACUUCCUUUUUUCUUCUAAAAGACAUUUUAAUAGGUGUAUUUAACUCUGUGUCACUUAGAUUGUGCAGAUUUAUUAGCAUAGAAAAUACUUUUCUUUUUCAGUUCUAUGCCACAUUUUUGUCACCCUUCUCCAUCAUUAAUAUUUAAAUGUCUUUCCUACCUUGUGAAGUGAUAUCCACGUUCUUCAACAUUAAUCUGUGUUUUCUCUCAGAUUUCCUGGUUUUCUUUCUUUUUGCCUCCCCAGGCCCCUUCCUAUCUUGGUCAAGCGUGGAAUAAAUUCUCUCUUUCUGAUUCUAAUGAUACGAAAUUCAAACACUGAAAGGAUGCCAUUAUUUAGCUCUGGGAAUGAGCAUAAUUUACUUGGCUUAUCUUACCUGUAAAUUGAAAGACAUCAGGAGUGCCUGGAACACUUCUCCUUGUCCUUGAUAGGUGUUGGAGAACCCUGCCUAGCCCUCCGAUAAGAAGUUAAAUGAAUGUGAAGAUGUCAGCUGAAUCAGAGGGCCUAAUAAUACUCUAAAACUAAGUUUCAGAAAUUGCUUCAUUACAUUAUAAAGUCAAUAGUGUUUACUCGUUAGUUGAACAGAAAGAACUUACGGACAUUCAUCCAAAUUGACCUCAGGUCAUUCAUAAUUCAUCUGGAGUGGCCAAAUAAUAUGGUUUAUGGCCUUUAUUUCAGCAAAAAGUCCUACAGCUUAGACUUGGGGAUAGGUUUAUAUAGUGUAGCAUUUGUAUAUAAAACUCAGCCAUAGAUCAUACUCUUAGAACAUUUUAGACUUUUUUGAUUAUCUAUAGUAGAUCGCAUUGAAUGUAACUGAUAUUAGGCCUAUUCUUGAGAAACCAUUUUUCAUCUGCAAAUGUUUAACUUGUUCAUUGAUAUGAUUUAGAUACAAACCACAUUCAAACUAGUAAACAAAAGAUAUAUUUAGCAUAGUAUACGACACAGAAAAGGUCAAAGGAAUGUCAAACUUGGUUGUUAAAGGGCCCGAGAAAUUGCUGAAAUAAUGUCAUUUCAAGUUCUCACCUGUGGCUUGCAAGCUGUGCUGUCUGUCCGUCAUUGGUUUUUGCAAAUUUGUGAGAUAUUUGCAUCAUACCCCAGCUUGGGAAAUAUUCUCAGUCAUCCAACCAAAUCCUAAAAGUGAAUUUUUUGUUAACAUAUUACUCCCUUUAUGUCCAAAUACAGUUUUUUUUUUGUUUCUUUUAAGUAAAUGCUGUCUAAAUCUUUGAUAUAAAUAUCUAAAUUUCUUUUUCAGUCUAUAGAAAAGUAGCAUUCUUUGUUCCUUUAUAAAGAAAAUUUUAGAUAUAAGUAUCAUGAUUUUUUAUCAGUUGACUACAAGCCCUUUUUCUUACCCACUUCAAAGACAUAAUUUGUUUAAAGUUCCGUAUGGCAACCCCUCAAUAGCUUACUUAUGAUAAUUUGAUCAUUUUCAGCAUAAUAGUAUUGAACUGAUACUUAAAAAAAGUAGAGCAACCUUAUAUUUCAUAUGGAACCUAGAAAUGUUGAUAGGUUUAUAGAUUACCAUUUACCAAUUAUUAAUAUGUAAUACAUAGUAAAUUCUGAGACAUUACAGAAAAUAAUUUUGUGUAAAAGGAACAUAAAAACAGCUGCAUUAAAAUGUUGUUAAAUUAUCGUAACACAUUAUUAAGAAACCACAACAGUUAGUUGCUUAUAUUUUAAGCAAAAUUAGUUAUAAGACACUUCCAUGAAAUAGAUAUAUUUACAUCUAUGUAUACCUACUACAAAACUGUGGGCCAUUAAAUUAUUUCUAUUCUUUUUCCUCAAAGAAUAUAAAAUGCUAAAAAGAAAAAUUCCUGGCUGUUUAAUCUGUGAUUGCUGUAUAUCCAGAAAUUACAACUGCAAGGAAUAAUUGUCAUCUCCUAUUUGAAUUAUCAGAAUAUAUCUCAUUUUAAUUAUAUUCUCAUGAAAAAUAGCAAAUGCAGAGCAAUUUCUUAAUUAUAAAAUGAAUGUUUUUCACCAGUAGUUUGUACCAGAUCUUGUUCAUUGUGUCGUUGUAUUGCAUGUUUUUAGUUUUCUGUAAAAUGUGUAGCCAUUUUCCAAAUAAUAUGUCAUAAUAUUUGUCAUGUUUAAAAUGAGCCUAGUUGAAAAGACUAUUUUCUUUACUUUUUCAAUGAUAUUCAGAAAUAUUUAUGCAAUUUUAUUUUUUAACUUUUUCUAUAUUUUAUAGUAACAUUAUUAACUUUGGUAUCCAGAAAACUAUAUGGAGGAAACCAUUAUGAAUACAUUUUGAGAAAGAGGCAGGUAGAAAUAAAUUAAAAAGUAGACAAUAUUAAUAUUCUUAUGUAGAAUUCCCUGGAAAUGAGUAGGAAAGGAAAAAACAAAUUCUGCUGAGAUGAAAAUAUUGGAAAAUAAGGAAUAUUUAAGACCUUAAUUUCUUAGAUUGUUAAAAGUAAUCAGCCUCUUAUUCCCAACUGACAAUUUCAUGCUGUUGUUUCAGUGAAUUGUGCUUUUAGCAUAGUAUAUAUGUUCCCCUAUCAUUUUGUAUGUAAACAUUACUGAAAAGAAUGGAAGAAAUUAUUGAAUAAAAUCCAGAGAAACUAAGUUCAUUCUCAUUUUCCAAUAGCACUAAUGUAUAGUCCCCUUAGCCUUCCAUAUACCGCUUUGUGUGAUGAGAGUAUUUAACAUUUAUAUAUGUUAUUAGUGCCUUAUUUUUUUCACUUGAUUUUAUUCCUUAUCUAAAGAGCCAUAUAUUUUUUGUGAGUGUUCUCUGGUCCCUCUAUUUAAAUGCUAAUGAAACAGUAUAUCUUUAGGGAUGUAUGUAGACUGCAUUUGCUUCCUUAAUCCACUGUAUUAUCUCUAGAACAUCAGGUUAACCAAUGUUUGUUUUCUUAAAUUCACUUUUCAUUUUAAGUUAAUGUAUAAAAAAAAGGAUACUACACACCAGAAAAUGAAGCCAUUUUCAUCAAAAUUUAUUUCAAAACUGCAAAAAGGAUGCUGAUUAUUACAGUUUAAAGCAACAGUUGAAAUGGCUAUCAGUCUUUAUAGCUCCAGUUAGAACCGAAUUACUUUACAAACAAGCAUUGAAAAUAAAAGUAACUAUAUGAUACUUCAGGAAUUUGACCAAUUCCCUGCAACUUGUCUUUGGCAGUGUUUUAUUCAUAAUAUACUUCCACAUAGAUGCUGGAAUGAUGUUUGCUAUUUACAUGUUGUUAUUCAUUCACAGUGGGCUUUAUCGACAUCAAGCCAUUUUGUACAAUUUAUUAUUAUGCUCUUCUUGGUCAGUGCCUUUUGUUUUAGCUUUAUACAAAAUACUGAUUUUGUUGUAUUCUUUAUGUACCAUAGUAUAUAAUUCAACUUUUCCUGAUGAAUGUAUGAUGAAUAAUUAAACCAUGUGCUUAGAAAAGACAAAGACACAGGUUGUAUAUGCAAAUAUGUAUAAAUAUUUGACAAAAAGAAAAAGAAUCCUGCCAACAGAUAUGUCCUGCUGGACAGGACCUGGAAAUUAACCGAUUUUUUAAGCAGUGAACUUUAAAAAUCUAUUACCUCAGAAUUGUCAGUGGAUGUGUCAGUGUACUGCUGCUUAGAAAAUGCAGUCUCACUUGCUGCUGGCAGUAAAAGCAACCCAGAUGUUAGAACACGAUUUUAGGGACAUGCCUUGCAAAAGGUGGGUACCUUGUGAUAUUUUGGAGUCUAAUUUUGGACUUUUAAUAAUGUCCCUAUGGCCUUUUUUUGUCUGUGUGGUUGGGCUUUUUUAAUUGUUUUUGGUUGGUUGGUUGUUUUAGAAUGGAAGUGGAGUCUUAAUUAUGAAAUAAGAUCUCACUUGGAUAAAAACUGUAAUGGGAAUCAAACUAUUUUGAUUGUCACUGUAUGAACCAUUUUAUUAUAUGGAUUACUGUGGUGUGCUGUUUACUCACAUGAUGUAUUCAAUACAUCAUGCAAUGUUAUCUAGCAAUGCCUAAUAAAAGUUUUAAAAAGAGAAGUCUGUUGUCUUUUUUCCAACAGCUUUGGAGUAG